ACACGUGGUUUUUGUAAACCACGCACGCAGUCGCAGGCAGCGCUUCAGAAAUGGCGGCCGACGGUGGCAGCUCUUCGCUGCAGCUACCCUGCGUUUUUUCACCCAAAUCACGACAGUACUUAGCAUUGUGUGCCCAGGAUGGCAGACUUCGCAUUUGGAACACAGACAGUAAAACACUUCACCAAGAAUAUGUGCCUUCUGCUCAUUUGAGUGCCACUUGUACCUGCAUAGCCUGGGGACCAUGCCGGACUGUGAAGGUACGUGAGCCUGCUCUGGAAAUCUCUACUGUUAGCUGCAGAAGCUAGUGAGGCCUUUGCAAGCUGUUUGUGAAAGUUUGAUGAAGAAUUGUAUACACUGAAACCUACAUUCACCUAAACGCAAACGCAGUAGAUAAGAAAGCUCAGAGUAUCCCGCAGAAUGUCACUGCAGACUCGUUCUCCUGUCUGACACACAUUUGGUUAGCCUGAUAGCCGCUAGUUAGCUUUCAACAGCUGCGCAGGACGCACAUGUUAGUCCCACAUGGUAGUCAGGAAACAUGGGAAACGUCUUGUAUUGAUAUUAAUGGCCAAAGUAAACCUAUCAAAAUGUUUAUAUUUGCGCCGUGCCGGAUUCUGUUUUAUUACAUUUUCAGUGUUAGUACUCUUAUCAAAGUAGUUAUUAAAGUCAGCACAAACUAGUUAGUACUCCUGAAGAGAGGGCCACCAUGACACUUUGGAAAGGGGACGUUUCAAAAGUUUUACCAACUUCUGUACCGUGGCACUGUGUUAAAAUCUUCCUUAAAGUUACACAAAAGUCAAAACUAUGUCUGCGCUGUUUUUUCAGGAGGGGCCUCAGAGGAAGAAGAGGAAAUCAGAGGCAGGGCAGGUGGAGGAGAAGGCAGACCUGUUGGCAAUGGGCACAGCAGCAGGCAGUGUCCUUAUAUACAGCGCAGUAAAGGGAGCACUGCACUGUACCCUGGUGAGUCUGACUCUAAACACACCUUUACUUAAUCUGAAGUGUUUAUGAAAUCUAAGAUGUUGAGAUUUGUACUUUUUUCUUUAGGAAACGUGUCCCUGGCACGUGGGCCAUCUUAUUUUUCUGUAUUUAUAGUCAGCCUCCAUACUCAUGGUUUUUCUUCCACUGUUUUGUAAUCUUUGAUUUUUCAUCCCUGCCAGGAUGGAGGUCAUACUGGGGGAGUAAAUUGUGUCCAGUGGCAUCCUGAAGACAGUUUAUUAUACAGUGGCUCAGAUGAUACGAACAUUAUAGAAUGGGACCUGCAGACAGGCAAAUCAAGAAGGUCAGUAUUAAUGUCAUUCAUAAGUGUAUAAAGAAAUUUAAAAAGUGUGCAAAUGGAGCCUAUGCUUUCAGUUAAAAUCACCAUAUCCUAAAGCAUAAGUGUGUGAACAUUAGACAACACUAGACAACAGUGACCAUUCAGUUAGGCUUAAACUGUGAAGAUGUAUAUGAUCAUGUUGCUGAGGAAACUGAAUUUACAGAAACACUAAAAUAAUGAACCUCAUACUUUUGUACAUAAUUCCAGUCAUUUGUAGCAGAUUAUGAAAAUAAACCCAGGCUCUCAGAGAUCCUAACAACUACACACAGACUGUUUUAUUUAGGCUUUUAUCAGUGAGGGCAGAUUUAUGCUCAAUAUGGUUUUGGAAUUUCUUGAAUAAUUGAUAUUUUUCAUUGACGAGGUACUUUUGACCUCUUAUGUCAAAUUUCUUAUUCUUUUCAUGGGUUUGUAAGGAGAAGAAAAGUGUUUGUAUCAUGGACUUUUGCUGGUGGAGUUUCAGUGAUGGUUUUUGUUAAUAUUUUCUUAACUUAAGCGUUACUUACUCAGGAUUUAUAUUUCCGAGGUCCCUCUGAAAAUGUUUAAUAACAUUAUUGUUUGCUGUGGCACAUUACGGAUGGGAAAAAUCUAUUAUUUCUACAAACUUAAGUCUCUGAACAAACAUUUUAUCAAAAGUGGACAAAAAAAAUAAUAGAACUGGUAAAAUAUUACCAUAGAGGAGAUUUGGAAGUCUGUCCAGCUAUCUUCAUUUUUUAAAAUAAUUUUUUCAAAUCCAAAAUAAAUAUAUCAAUUCAAUUCAAAAUUAAUGUCUACAUCCAGUGUGUCCUGUAAGUUAAAAUCAUGUUUAAAAUACAUUUUUGAUAAAUUCAGAAAAGACAAUGGUGAUAUUGGCCUUGAAAGAGCCUGGUUGAUAUGCUGCAGAUUACAAAAAAAAAAAGCCACAAAUUUGCGCUAGAUAAUCAGGUUAUCUCUUUAGUUGUAAAACUUCAUAAGAGAUUGUAAUCUUUUCCUUUACAAAUCAAAAGGAAGACUAAUUUACACAGGAUCAAAAACACAGAUGUCAACAGUUAUGACAAACCAUCGGAGGUAAUGCUGACCCCAAUGUGCUUCUGGGCACUUUAGUAACAAGGGUCAGCUCUGCUCACAUAGUCCUCUUCACAAAAGCUUCAACAAACUUCGGCUUGACUGUUUGGACACAUGCAUGACAGAGGUGCCUUUAAAAGAUGAUGGUGUAGGUAGUGUAGUGUUUGUAGGACAGUUUUCUCCUUGUGUUUCUUGUUGGUGGCUACAAAGUAAAAUAUACCAUAGAUGGCACAUUUAAAUCACUAACAGUCCACACUGAUUUGGAAAGUUAAUGGUCAGGCGUCAACCAGAUGGAUUAUUUGAUCUCUGCUGAGCCUUACAUUUUACACCUGAAACUGUGAAUUCAAACCUCUGUGAUGGUGAAAUUGGAUGGUUCAAUACUCAGCAAAGUUGUUUUUAAAGUCUGGAACUCCUUUUUAGAGCACAAAACCAGUCCUCAGAUUUGUACAACUCUAGAGGAGGCAGUGGUGGAAGUCGCCUCAGGAAAAUACAGAGUGACAGUAAGAGGGGUUUUAAUGAAGUCAGAGUUAAGUGGCAUAAAUGCAGAAUUUAUUAAUUUAUUAUCGGGGGGGAUUAGGUUUGAUAACUCCAGAUUUAUGAUUUAUUCAUGAUUUAUUUAUGCCUAUAUUUAUUCAGCUCCUCUGUGGUCUUUAAAACUGUCAGUAACUCUUAAAUCAGUGUGAUCUGUGUCUUUAUGAGUACCUCUUUUUAAAUAACUUAUGUACCUGCUUAUUGUUUGUACCAAAUGGUUUGAAAGAUCAAAAUGUGGAUGUAACAGUACAGGCGUCUGUCUCCAACUCCACCACAGGUGGCAGGACCAGAGAGUUCAUGACCAUAAGAGUAAAGCAUUAAUCCAAGCUCCGCCAUCCUGCACACAGUUUCUCUGUAUUUAUUAUAAAUAAGAGUUUAUUCAGCAUCCGCACAGUAACAGCACAUGAUUCAUAAUGUCACUGUGACUCCCCACUUAAUGCCCACUUGAGCCCAUUUAUGGUCCACAGAAUGGUCCAGAUAGUGAUGAGAGCCUUUUGUACUUUUCCUGCUGCUGUCAGGUCAGCUGCCGUAGUAAACAUUAGGCUGUUUUAAUGCAGCCGUAAAGUUUCAUAGUUGUCUCUUAAAUGGUGGGACACAAACACAAGUCAGUCUGUACUAAAAGCACCGGUGCCUGUGACGCUCUUUAUCCUGAUCGAUGCCAACAAAAGAAUGUGGAAUAAAAAAACACAGUAGUGUCUGAUUCACCUUCAUUUGACGAGAAGAAAGUCAGGCACUAACACUCGUCCUUGUGUUUACUGAUUCCACAGUAAGUGGAAGGCAGACCGUGCAGAAGUGACCAGUUUGUGUGUGAGUCCUGACGGCAAACUGCUGCUUUCAGCCGGUCAAGUCAUUAAGAUGUGGGACUUGGACACCAAGGAGGUUUACAGGGUGAGUAUCUGAGUCCAAUUUUCAUUCCUUUAAUGGAUAAUUUGGAUAAUUUAUUCACCUUUGGUCCAUCGCUCUGGGAUUUUAUCUUAAUGUGUUAGAAGCAACAAAUUCUGUUGGCAUUUGUCCUUUGAGGUGAUUGUGCAAUUUUUUAGCAGUUUAGAGGACAUUAUUAAAACCCAUUUAAGAACCCACCUCAUACAGGGUGGUACUUUCCAAAGUGGUGUUACUUUAGCUUUUUGUCUUGUUUCACAGCUCUGAUCUGCAGAAUCCUUUGAGUAUUCAUGUUUGGUGUCUUGUUUUCGAUGCACUUGUACAGUUCGGGAGUUGUUUUCUUCAUCAUACUUUGAUACUUGAAUGAAGUUAGAGGAUAAAAUGUACAAAAUAUGAACUGGUAGCAAGGUGGAGGUGCUUAUUAGCUUUUAAGCUGCAAGCAGAAACCUGAAAUAAAAGAGCUAUGAUCUACAUUGAUAGUUUGGAGCUUUAAUCAGGGUUCCUAGACAGUUGCAAUUUACAUACUUUUCUAUACCUUAUUUUUAGAAUUAUUUUUGGAAAUACCUACUUUUCUGUUUUAGAAAACAGGAUUUGAGAACUGUGCUAAUAGUCUGGAAACAAAAAUAUUUUUCCAUACUUUAUUUUUCAUUUUCCAUACUUUUUAAGACCUGGAAAUUGAUCAUAUCCAUUUCCAUACUUUACAUACUUGCAUAGUAACCCUGUUUAAUAUAAACUUUGGUGCAGUGCGGUGUAGCUGCAGUUAACAACAAGCUGAAGAAGCCUUCAGGUGUCGGUAUAACUGAAAAUCUUGGCUCAUAUGUUGGACAUGAAUGGUUCAAGAGUCUGUGAAAGUCUAUGAAACACAGGUUUUCACUCUUUUUGUGAAUGUCUUCACUUUUCACAGAUGUUCACAGGCCACUCCACAGCUGUGACGACCCUCUGCUUCGCCACCACGCGACCCCCGGACAGCAACGGUCUUUAUUUCCUCUCUGGUGCUGCACACGAUCGACUUGUCAGCGUUUGGUAAGAUUUCACCGAUCAGCCAGCCCAUCGGUUUUACUUCACACACUGUUUGACUGUCCUGAUGCUGUCUUUCCUCAUCAAACUGACAAAUUUGUGUCACUCCAGGCAAGUACGAGAAGACAGGAAGGACAAGAACUCAGUGGUGUCUUUCACAUUGACAGACACGCCACAGCACAUCGACCUUGUCACGUCAAACAGCAAAGAAGAGGUCAGAGUUGAGCGAUAUCUUACUUUGUUUCAGGACCGUCCUGAAUUUGUUAUUGUUGUCAGUUGAAUCUAAACAUGAAUCCUGUCAGGAUGUGUCCGCCUUUAUUGAAAAAGACCAGGGUUUGAGACUGAAUGUGACAUGUUCAGAAAGUGUGAACAGAUUCUGUGUCCACGAGAACCACUUCUAAAUGUUUGUGUGUGUUUUUGGUGUCACACAGGCAGUGAGGAUGGCAGUGGUGUGUAAAGAUGGGCAGUUGCAUCUCUUUGAACACUUUUUAAAUGGGUAAGCCUUUCACACUCGCUUCACUGUACCGCGCAGCACCGCCCCCUAAUGGCUUUUAGUGGGCAGUGUGGCUCCACCAAACAACUAUCCAGAUUUUGGAUCAUGUCAUGUUGUUGCUGCACAAUUAAUCUGAUCAAACUCACUUAGUUUAUUGUCGACUACCGACUGCACUUAUGGUCCUGGUUUGAUAUCUGUUCCCUCAGGCCCUGUAAGAAGCCCCUCUCACCGUCAUGUACGGUGCAGAUGUCGGAUACAAAAGACUCCCCGAUGCCCAUCCCGCUGCUGGCUGCCGCCCUCACAGCUGAUACACGGACUCUGCUGCUGGCGUAUGGUAACCACCUGCAGCCUGUCAUGGAGAGAGUGGUGAGUUCACAGGAGACUGCGGAAAUUCAUGUGGUUUACAGCAGCAGGUUAAUCUAGUCUUAGCAUCACAAGUGUAAAACAUGGAUGCUCUAUAGAGAGAUGCUGUGUUUUGUUUUACUUUACAAGAAAAAAAAUCCACUUACAAAUUAUCUUUGGUUUUCAAGAAAGUCUAGAAAAUAUUACUCGAGACCUGUCUGAUAACAAAGUUCGCCAAGAGACUCUGAAAUGAUGAUGCACAAACUUUCCCCAAGACCUGAACCUUUUCAAAGAAGUUUUUUUUUUUUUCAACAUUAUUAAUUCUUUCCUUUAAAUUAUGCUUUAAGUUCCCUAAACUAAAAGAGAAGAAACACCAGAAGACCUGUUCACGGACAGAAACUCGAGGAAGAGUGAACAAAGGUUCAUAAGAGUGUACAGAGUGUGAGAACAGUAGGCCUGUAAUGUUCAGUCUCAGCUGUCUGAGGCACACACAGACCUCCUGCAGUGAACCUGUGUCUGCAGACAGAUGCUCCAUACAGUCUGGUGCAGACUAUGAAUUCACAGGAAUAGGUAUUUAAAUCAUGCAGUCAGUUAUCAUCUCAGAUUGGUACAAAAAUGAAAGUAUCCUAUGAACUUUCUGCUGAGAAAUGAUAAAAAUACUUAUUUCCUUAGAAAACAUGAUUUUUCUUUUAACUUUUUGCGUGAAAUGUUGUGAUUUUUAGGAAAAUAAUCCAACCUCAAAUGCUGAUUAAAAUGUUUUUUCAUAGAAUGCUUGCAGGACAGAGUUAACAAGCCCAUAAAUUGAGUCCGGAAAGCCGUAUUUAAGCCCCUUGAAGACCCCAGCGCACAGUUAGUUUUCAUUAUUGGUUCUGUGAAACACUUUGAUUCAGUAACCUCAGUGGACUGUACACACACACACACACACACACACACACACACACACACACACACACACACACACACACACACUGGAACAGGACCAGAAACUAGGGACAAGACUAUCCUAGAAACUGCACUGCCACCCAGUGUUCAGGCAGGAUGUUGCCGAGCGACACAGACACUUGAGAGCUCAAGUUGAAUGGUGGUGUCAGGCUGCUACAGUAUGGCCACAGGGUUAAAAGAGGACAAGAUCUUCAAGUGCAUUUCAUUGUACUUAGUUUAAAAAUGUUUUUACUGCAAAAAAAGAGGAUUUAAACAUCAAAUUUACAGAAGCAAUAAAUCACAAUAAUCUGUUCAGACUCUGUGAUUGAACACAUUUAAAAGGUGUCAUCUCACAGCCCUAAUUCAAACCCAUUUAAUUUGAGCAGAUAAAUAUUUCUGUUUUAGAGCUACAGCUCUAUUCCCUCUAUAAAUCAGUUAGAGCCGCAAAUAAUCACAAGAAGGAAAAAAAGUGUCAUUGAAUUCAGUCCUGAAAAGUGGAAAAUGGUUGGCAUAAUAAUGUUUUUUUUUUUUCUCGCCUGAGUGUUUGUCCCUAAUUGUAGUGUUUACUGAUCAUUUCCAGAACAGCAGAUGUUGACUGCUGUGACAUUAAAGAGAAAUAAUCGUAGUACCUCUCUCCCCUUUUCUUCCUCCCAUCUGUGCAGGAGAUCAACACAGCAGAGCGACAUAUCUGCCUGACCCGGGAUGUUCAGACCAGCUUGUCCCUUUCCAUGGAAACCACUGUUUCCAAGGUAACAACCAAGUCUCAAUUCCUUCUGUGUGAGUCAAGAGGGCCGGUGUAUUCUUAGGAUGAUCCUCUGAACUGAGUGCUUGUACUCACUUUUCAUGGUCGGUGAGUUUAUACUGAAGAUGCCUGAAGAUGCAGGACUAAAAUGAAAAUUCUCAUUUCAGGUAAAAACCCCAAUUGUUAACAUCAAGAGCAGAGUGUUGGUCCCAGGGCUUCCUGGUCAUCAAGCACCGGUCAAAGGAGCCUCACAGGCGUCAGAGAAGAGGAAAAAAGACACAGACACCAAAGAGGUGGGUUCAGCACUUGGCCAAGAUCCACUGCCUGCCCCAGAUUCUUCUUCUGAUGCCUACUUUGAUCACACAUCAGAAACGAACAAAGGCAAAAGUCAGCAAAGACAGUCAUCCUCCAAUCACAGCGCAGGGAGUACUGACCGCCGUGCCUCAGAGCGUGAGGGUUAGCACCUCUGAAGGCUCCAACAGAGCAGUCAAAGUGAUUGCAAGAAUACCGGUCUGAUUUUGUGGACCAGCUUUUCAACACAGGGGUGGUACAGAGUUGUAAGUCUGACAUGAUAGCAUACAGUGUCAGUACUGAACAAGCUGGGAAGAAGAGCAAAUCCUACAUGAGACUACUUCUCAGCUCCACUGUUGAUAUGAAAGAAGUUCCUCUCUGUUCUUGUUCUGUCUUGGUUUUGAUUUGGUGAUUUACCUUGAUGAGUCUAGACUUGAUUGUGAGUGACCCUGGAGGAGUCAAUGUUCACAUAUCCAGUGAAAUCUCAGAGUGAGAGUUUCCAAAUCCUCUCCACCAGUCACACUGGUUAAAACACAGUUUCAACCUGAUCUAAUACCCUCUAAUCCCUUAUUUAUUUAUUUUUUUUUUACCUAAAUGCCUCGCUUCUGCAGUUGUCGAUAGCGGAGCGACUUGGGGAAAUUGAUCUAUCCACGGUCUCUGCUGAGAAGGGAGCUCCUAAAGGGACGAGCUCUUUGCAAACAGACAACUUUGCAGUGCUGCUGGUGCAAGGCCUGGAGAGCAGCGACGCCAACAUCCUAAAUGUGAGUGUUUGUCUCUGAAUUUUGAAUCCAGAUUAAGGUGUUCGUUUUUAGGGGAGUUGGCUUGAGUGUUAUAUGUUAAACUCUUCUGCUUUCAAACUUUUACAAGUCAAUGUGUUUUUUUUUUUUUUUGUUGUUGUUUUUUGCCUCCUACAGAAAGUUUUUCAAACUCGCAAAGAGAUGGUGAUAAAGAAAACGGUUGCUCGGUUACCGCUCUCCGCUGUACUGCCUUUAGUGGAAGAGGUGAGUGGAGUUUCCGUGACACCAAACCAAAACACAGCAGAUUCCUCUCGAGUCUGUCGAGAGCUUGUUUGUUAUAUCCCGCGCAGAUCUUGUCAUACCAUCGGAAUACUGGAAAAGGUUUCGCUCACUUUAUUCUUUCAGCUUUUAAUCCGUUCUUUAUCUUCUUCUCUGCAGAUUACAAAGAGGCUCCAAGGGCAUCCUUUUUCGUAAGUUGAAGCUUUUGUGUUAUACCUCAGAGGAAGCAUUUUGAUUAAAGCUCCGCGUUUGGUGCAUAUUUGACUUAUCGAUUGUUUUCCUUCAGAUUUUUCCCUCCCUGUUAUCUAAAGAUGUGCCUCAUCUUGUGCGUUUCUCUCCUCCACCUCCAGGGCUUUGUUGAUGGUACGCUGGCUUAAGGCUGUGCUCAUGCACCACACCUCAUACCUGGCAUCGGUAAGUCCGCUUAAGCUGUCCACAUCCUUGUCCUGCUAAUAUUAAUCCAGCAGACUCCAGUUGGUUGAUGCUGCUGAGCUUGGUUGUGAUCCUCUCUGCAGAGAAGACUGUGGUGCGCAUGUUAGUUCAGACACAAACACUGGACACAGAAGUAAAAGAUGAAAUUGUUAUAAAAAAGUCAACAAGCACUUAGUGUGGCAGUCCCACAUUUAUUCACAUCACUUUCUCAUUUAUACACCAAAAUCAAUAAAAGAGAGCCCAGGCUAAAGUGUAGCAACCUUUCUGUGGACUGUGCUGUGUGGAGUUGUCUGUUUAUCGAAGGCUGACAUGUUUGGGUCAUUUCUGCCACUGAAAUGCUUUUACCUUCAGCUGAUCCAUCUGUGUAUCCCACAGCUGCCAGACCUGGUUACCCAGCUGGGAGUCCUUUAUCACAUGAUUGAGAGCCGAGUGAAGAUGUUUCACAAGCUGACAAAGCUGCACGGGAAACUGUAUCUCCUGACGACGCAGGUAAGUGUCAUUAUGCAGAGAAGUGAGUGAGGUAUAUUUGCUUUAAAGCGGCCGGACUGGGAUUGUUAUUACCCAGAUCCCGUCUUGAUGAUGCUGCGGCGGUUGAGAGCACACUCAAAGUGCUUAUCUCUGAGCUGACGGUUUGAAACACAAACUUGAAGCCAUCACCUGAGUGCUGAGUGGAUCUCUUCAGAAGCAGGGACAUUGGCGGCUGUGAGGAAACUGCAUCCGAGGUUGAUGUAUUUCCCUUGUACAGCCAGUCCAGUUUAAGGGAAAUAAUAAUAUAAUAACAAAACAGUAGAGCUUAGGGCUGCACGAUUUGGGCCAAAAAAUCUUGAUUUUUUUUAUCUCUGAAAACUCAUUUUUCGAUUUAAAAAUUCUUUUUCAUUGACAACUUUUCAAAGCUUCACUUUAAAAAUAAAAAGGUUUUCGAUCAUCUCUCAAAAAAAAAACAAACACUGAAAAUGAUGUAGUGCAUUUGCCAAGCCAGUAAGUGGUGCUGAAACGCUGCUGAGGAAAUGCAUAAAAGACAGAAGAGUACAGAGCAUGUGUAUAAAGGCUGUUUAAGCUGGACACGUGCAGGCACCAUAAAAGAGUUAACGCUGUUUGUGACAUAAUCAUUUCGAGAGAUUCAGAUAGGCAUCCACACGGAGAUGAAAUGGCAGUCGUUUACGGAUUUCUGUACUCUCUGACCCAUUUUCAAAAGUACCAUUUACAAUCACCUGAAACACUGUUUCCGUGUGGAUAAAAUGCUCAUACUACAAAGAACUUGUGCAUUUACUCCUGAAUUUGUUUCUGUGUGGACGGGUAAUAUCACAUGACUGACUUGCUCUUUCUCUAUUUAGCCACGAAAUUAUCGCUUUCUUUUGUAAACGCCAUGCUUGUUUACACCGGUGUGUGUGUGGGAACUGUGGAGUGCUCCCACGGGAAGGGGGAGCCUACGAUGGCCUGAAGGCAUGGAACAUUAUAGAGAGGAAAAUCAAUUUGACAAUUUUCAUUUUUUUUAACGUGGUCAUUAUUAAAUAAUCCGGUUACAAUUAAAAAUCGAUUAAUCGUGCAGCACCUAUUAGAGCUUCACUGUCUCAGAGUGUACUCGGAGCAAUCAGAGUGUUUGAUGUGAAGGUACAUCCUUUUUCUCACCUCAGCCCAACAGCACGCCUUGUGUAUCCAGCUGCAUGAGGUCCCAUUGUCCAUUCGAUCAUAUAUUCAUCAGUUAAGUACCGGCCGUAGGGAAGUCAGCGGUCAUUUCCAUCCCUCUACCUUCCCUAUGUUACAAGUCACUUGUGACUCUCACCAUUCUUUAAAUGGAUGAUCCGAGUAAGGCAUCGAAGUGAGUGUAAAUGGGUUAGCUCCGAUUCCUGCUCCUCCAGCUGCUUUUAAGAAAGACCCAUUUUUAACCUGAAAGUAUUUAAUAGAGUGUAAUUAACUGGUUUAAUCACAGGACAGUCAGUUUGAGAGUAAAGUACACUUCUGUUGGUCUUUUGGCUCCGGCUGAAAACCUCGGGAACGAUUACUGCUGAAGAGUCAUUUUGAGAGGGGUUUUAGUCAGUGUGCUUGUUGUCUCUGCUGCUCUGCGUAUGACAGGACAGCGAAAAUGAAAUGACACACAUUAUUGACCAAAUCAGUCAGUCAUUUUUGAUUAACUGUCCAAUGAAGGGGGCAAAUAAAUUUGUGCUGGAACACCACUGUAAUAUAAUUCAGCUUGUCCCUAGAGUCAGUAUAUACAGGCUGUUCCUCCUCUGUGGUUAGUUUGACUCCCAAACAUAACAAUUGACACCCCACCUCUCUGUCUCUCUCACACUUGAUUGGGCUUACUUUUGACAGCCCUCACAGGAUUUCUUCAGAUUAAACUCCCCCAAAAUCUGGAUGCUGCUUGUUUUUGUUGUUAACCUUGAGUUUAGACUUAAGUUUCUCAGCCCAGCCUCGGGCACAGCUGUCCCGCUAGAACAACUUCACUACAAUUUAUACCUGCGACCUUGUUGAAGACGCUUCCUCUGUUUGUCAAUUUCAAAUCGUCCAAAUGCUUUGUGGAGCUACAGUGCAGAGGAAAUGUGGUACAUCAUUCAAACAAAAACCAGAUACCAUUUUUAGUUUGCAGCGAAGCGCCACCAUCGUUAUAGACACACAGCUACACAGUGCUGGAUCUGUCUUUUGUCUUUCCAUUGGUGAAAAUGACAGCAGACACUGGAGAUUUGGUUCACUCACACAGAUGAAGGUUUUCAUGAAAACUCACUGCUUCUAAAUGGAUCAGCUGAGUGACAACAUAUGGCCUUUAGGGGAACCUGUGAGCUGUACUGUGAGGAUAGUGUUGAGUCCACUACCAUAAUGUGCACAAACUAAGUGAUCCGGGCAUGAAUAUUCACAUAAGAUAUUGCAUCACUAAGUAACUGCACUUGUGGCCUAAUAUAAAGCAACCCACCAGUGAACACUAUUAUCCUUGCCAUGCAAAAAUGUAUGUGUUAUCAAGUCAUGUCCUGUUUUAUGGUAUGUACCAGGAAUGUGUGGGUCGGCAUCCAACAGCAGCUGGUUGAAUUAUUAUUUUUGUUCCUGUUGUAAUUAGUCUGAGGGUCUGCUCAUGUAUUGUGUAUAGUCUAAGGAGCAGCCACUCGCCAUAAAGCUCCACUACCUGGGUGUAAACUAGUACAGAUGGCGUCUGGCAGCGCAGUGCAGUCCGGUGGUAUUUUAAUCCAGUAAGUAGAGAUUUUGCUGUGUGUACAUUUUGUCUGGUUAAACAGGUUAUGUGACCUGCUAGUGCUCGCUCAAACCAAAGGUCUCCUUUGACAUCACUUAGCUGCAGACUGUGAUCUGUGUGUUUCACCAGAUGGGAUGAAUUCUGCUCAAUUUAGACCAUUUUUAAAAUAGUUCUCUGAUCUCUGGACAAGUUUGAUUGGAAAUAUCAGUUAAAACUACUUGGGAAUGAGUUACUUUAAAGCAUCCCUGAUUUGUACAUUUGUACAUGGCUGCAGGUUCCAACAAUUUUUUUCCUCUUAAUUUGAACAGAUUUGUACAAAAAUGAUCUCACAGGCUGCCUACAGGAGUCACUAUAUCUUGGCAUUGUAAAACCAUGUUUGAAUUAAUUUCCUCCUCCUAUAGCUGCUGUUGUUCACUGUCUGUCUGCCUGCAGCUGCUUUGUGUUUCAGCAGCUGAGUUUACAUCAGUUGCCAAAUGUCAAAGGAGUGGCAAAGUCAGCUAAACAGGAACACAGUCACACAGACUGUUCUUCUCUUGUUUAGUGUCUUUUUUGGUUAUUUGUCGGAUGUCAGCCUCAACACAGAAAAAUCUGCAGAGGCUGCAGUAAGGUAGUGAACAAAUUAGACCAAAACAUUAGAAGUAGUCUAUAGAUGGGAAAAAAAGUACUGACACAGAAACUUUUGACUUCAACUUUUGAUGACUGCUGUGAGAUUUCAAAGUAAGGAGCUUUUCUCGAUGUACUCUUUCUGCAUUUUACAAAGAAAUAUGUGAUGAAAAACUAUAAAACAAGAAAUAAGAUCAUUGCAUCUGUAAAAACUAUUCUUUCCUUUGACCACUAGGUGGCAGCAGGUGACAGCAGCAACACACUGACGGAUGUUGACCACACAGCAAAGCUGGUGUAUGAAGAGGGUGAGUGAUUUUUCUUGUGGUAUUGUCUCUCUUUCUCUCCAGUCUUGUUCAUCUUCUGUUUUGCUAAUUAUUUGUUGAGACUUUUGUAUUUUUUUGUAUUUUUUUAUUUAUUUAUUUAUUUGUGGCUGUCCACAUGGCUGUCUAUCACUGCCUUGUCCAAUCUUUCAAGUGAUGACUCGGUUUGGGGAGCAAAUAAAAUCAUGACCCAAUUUUGACUCUCUCCACAUGACAUCCAUGACUGAGUGGCUACCUGCUGCAGUCUAACAUUGACUCACAUUUUCUGUUUAAAGCACUGACGAGUACAUUCAUGGCGCCCUCCUCAUGCUGACUGACAGUUAUUAUCUUGUCAGUCCACCUGAAGUCAUUAGCAGCUCUCCACGAGGGCUGCGUCGAACCAGUUAAGAUUUACAGAUACACCGUUGCCCGUCAUGCAGCAACUCUUGCCGAUGCACCGCACGCAAACAUGACUCCUGUUGCCUGGCAACCAGACCAGCAGCGUUCAGAUCCUCCCUUUUGAGUGGAACAACAAGGCUUCGCUCUGUUCACUCUCAUUUCUCAUUACCGUACUGUAUAAAACGCUUUAUUGAACCGCACAGAAAAUUGGCUUUCAUGAAAUAAUUAAGCUGCUCUUAGAGUCCCAAUACCCGUCAGUGGAGCGCUAUAUGAAGGUUCAUUAAAAGAAAAGUUCAUAAAGAGAGCUGAUUAACAGGAGGUUGUUACAGUCCAGUGCGGCGGCUGCUGCUGCUGCUGCAUGGCUCAAAGAUGGGACUGUGACAGGCAGUCUUGGACAUGCCGGAGGAUCCGAGUCUGGUGGUUUUGUGACAGUGGGUGUGGUUUUUAUCAACAUACAUGUUGGAAACCGCUGUCUUGCCUCUGUAAUAGUCCCACUUCCCUGCAUGAGAAGCAUUAACUUGACUUUAAUUAUCGUUCACGCCACGUGAUGGUACAAUUACAGUAGCUGCUCAAAUGUCAGUCAGAGCAGAACUAGAUGAAGACUUACUCAUAUAUAUGUAAAGCAGGAGAUACAGUUACAGUAAGCCUGCACAUCUGACUGUCAUUAGUGGCAUUUAUGCACGCUGAAUUAUCCCUGUUCACUGCUCAAUCUCAGUCUUUCAUACUUUGACUCUUCUUGGGCAGCAUUUGAAAAAUAAAAGUACAAACUGAGCUCUACUCUUAAGAAUAUACAGCACUUUUUAGUCCAUGCCACAUUUUUUCCUUCAUAAAUGUGUCUUUGUCUUCACGUUUAGUGCUCUCUGUAUGAGGAAACCCGCUCUUGGCUGAUUGACAAGGCCAGCACCCAUGUAGGAUUAGAAAGAGUUGGACCCUGAUAACACUUAUGGUCUGCCGCCUCAUGUGUCAUUCUGCCCUCAGAAUCCCACCACCAUUACCAAUGACAGUCUCAGUGUCGUAUGCAUGUUUACAGGCGAGUGUUUAAGAAGGGCUUAUCUCACUCCAAGUGUCUGGAGGGCUUCUCCAUACGUAGCACACAAACGGACAGUAACAGGGUAUCGUGUUUAUUGACAGUUGAUUUUCAUCGCGCGUUCUGCUGUGUACCUUUUGGCACAUGUGCAGUAGCAGAGUGUGUAGCCUGAAGGGGAUGGUCUUGGAUGUUUCAUGUGGGCUGCUUCUCAAUAACAGGUGAAAAUACUGCAGUAGGCAUCUGUCAGCAAGAGUCGUGCUCAGAGAAACCGGCUGGCUAUCAACUGAAAAAGCUGUGCUCUGUACAGUUAAAGUGUGAUUCUCACUAUUCAGUUGACAGAAAUGCAAGGAUUUGACUCUUAAGAUGCUCUGGCUGGCUUUUCUAAACAGAGGCUGUGCCAACUGUCCUCUACAGAAAGAAAUCACAACCAUCUCUUUAGCUGCCACCCUCUCCCUAUUAACUGUUGUUAUUUCAGCUCGGUUUAACACCACAGUCCAACAUGUGUCUCGAGAUAAACCCUUGACUGGAGCUCAAUUCUAGGCUGUCAUGUGAAAACAGUGAGUAUUGAGACCUGUGGGAUCAGCUGUUAUUAUAAGAACAGAUGUUUGCAAAGUUUAAGGCCCACCCUGCUGCUUCUGCUCUGUACUGUUGUGCGGAAACCACCGCCAGUAACGUCAUAGCAAAAAUAAGGAUGAAAGAAAAAAAUGAUAUUGACGCAAGUUUGAACAGUGUCUUUGUUCUUGUGUUGUAUUCAAGCUGCUUUUUCAUCACAUGCUGCAACAGUUUGUCUUUGGCUACAGAAGAUCUUGCUCAUUGAAUUUAAAAGGAGGAAAAAAAUGCUUCAAGAAAGUAAAUGAACCUUCCAUCCAGUUUGAAUGUCAAUUUUAUUUACACUUUGACCCCCCCGAUCGUGAAAAAUGUAAUGAUGGAGAGAGGAGCAGUGUGUGUGUCAGUAAAGCAGCGGGAGGACAGUGGGAGCCAGGCUGCAGCAAUCAUGAGUGAAUGAGCAUUAACUAUUUCACCAAUGCCGAGCCAAACAUGGAGUCAGUCUGUCAUAAUAGAAACGUAAUCUUAACAAAGGCUAGAAAAGGUGAAGUGAUGAGUUAGAGGAGCUCAGUUCCUUUAGUUUAGAUUAAUGUUAUGAAAACUUCCUCCCACAGGUAAUCAGUUUAGUAAUAUGAUGCCAAAGAUGUUGAUGGAGGAAAAUGCUCCCUGUUGAUGCUGUUACAGAUGAGUUUAUUGAAACCUGCUGCUGAUGAAUGAACUCUUAUAGGCAGAGGGGGGAAAAAAAUCCAUUAAUUCAUGCACAUGAACAUGUAAUGUAAUGUGCAUGUAUCUUAGCCGGUAACAUGUUUGGACUUACAUGGACUUAAGAAAGACAAAUUUGUUAGACUUCAGAGGAAACAUUCAACCGUGCUGCUUCAGCUUUGAUAUAUGCUGUCACUGCAGAUGUGAAAAUGUGUUUACUUAGGAAAAUGGUGGUGGUGAUUUUACCUUCAAGAGGUUUGAUGCUGAUCUGGUCAGUCUCGGAUCGUAAGUGAACUCGGGGUCCAUUUGUGCAACUACCAAACAUUGCAUCAUGAUUCACUUUUAGAGUUCAUGACUCAUUUUUUUCUGUUAUUCCUGUUGUAUUUUAUAGCUGUAAUGUACAAUUGGAAAAACAGAUGUAAUAUCUGUAACUCUGGAGCAUACGGCGUCUGUCUGACCUGACAGGGCAAAUAGCCUAAAAAACAAAAAAUUCCAUCCCCUCCUUUAUUACACAGUAAGAGCUGUUCAAACCAUAAUACCCAGCAGUGAGACUGAAACACAGACAGGUGACAGUGUGGAUGGGUUUCUUCUCCUCCUUUUUUCUUUUUCUCAUCACUUUUUUUCUGCUGAAACCCUUUUGCAGUAUAAGCUGACCGUUUGUUUUUCCUUGCUUGCCCUUUACAGAAUCAUCCGAUGAAGAUGAGGCCUCUGGAGAUGAAGCUCUUCCCGACCAAGAUGACUCUGACGUAAGUGGGAACAAACCAAACCCUAUGUGUCUGUCUAAAAAAGUCAGUGUUUGGCUUUGAGUUGAGAGUUGUGUGCUGAGACGUUUGACUCUUUCUCUCAUCAGAACUGGGAAGAGGAGGAAGCAAUGGAAGAGAAGAUGGAGGAAGAUAAGGAAGAGAAAGUGGAGGAGGAGGAAGAUGAUGAGGAUCCAGACAGAACAGACUCCAAAGCUAACGGAGAAGACGACAUGGAUCAUGAAAACGAGAGCGAAGAAGAAUAAGAAUAAACAAGAUGAACUACCAACCGUACAGAGAAAAAAAUGGACCUGAAAGAGUUAUAUAUACUUUCAUUUUAUUUUCAUGCUUUUGAUUUUAUUACCAGAACAAAGUGGUUUUACACAGAAAAAAAAUCAAGGGACAAAUGUUGAAAAAGGCAGCUGCCCCCCCCCUCUGCCUCUACACAACACAUUUCAGCCUCAAGGUUGGUGAUUUCAUGUCCGGUCUCUUUUCUCCACCAGAGGAACACAUGAAACAUUCUGAGAAGUCAGGUCACCAGAAAUCAACAAAAAGACUUUGAUUCAGUUGUAGUCUGCGUCCCAGCUCCAUGGCCGGAUGAGUUUGCAUGAAAAAUGACAGAAAAAGGUCAUCCGGUGGUGCUCCAGUUUGCUCACAUUGCAGUCUGCAUUCCAAAAUUGUAUAUUGUUAUAUCAUAGAAAUAGUAUUGAGUAUAUUGUAUGACCAGCUUCUCGGUAGACGACAGCGCUCUCCUUUUGUGACUGAUUUAUUCUAACUCCUCUCUUAAGGCCAUCUGGAGCCCACGGGUGCAGACACACAGCAGCUGUGGAGCUGGGAAUGAGCCCCCCAAAUAUCCGAUAUUUGUACAGAAUACCACUCAGAUCAGAGGUCCACGGGCAGACCUUCAUCAUGUCCCCCACACAAUGUAAAUCUCUAUGUACAGUGAAGUGUUUGUACGAGCUCUUCCCUCUACAGUUAUCUCCCAGAAACUCUUGGGAUUAAAUGAACUCUUGUAAAGUCUCUGAAUGCUGAUUUUCUUUUUUUUUUUUUUUUUAUCGUUUCCUAAGUUGUUGCAGCCCUCUUGUUUUAAAUUGAUCAUUUCUGUGUGUUGAGUAUUCAGGCAUGCCCUGAUGUCCUCUGGUUGAACCCAUAGUCAUACGGGCAACUAAGAAAAAAUGUGAACUUUGCUCAAAUAGAUGAAUAAAUGGGUUUUCAAAAUGG